AUGUGGCUCUACCUGGUGGCUCUCCUGGGCCUGUGGACCCUCCUGCGCUUGUUCAGGGAGAGGCAGGUGGUGAGCCAUCUCCAAGACAAGCAUGUCUUCAUCACGGGCUGUGACUCGGGCUUUGGGAACCUGCUGGCCAGACAGCUGGACAGGAGAGGCAUGAGGGUGCUGGCUGCAUGUCUGACAGAAAACGGAGCUGAGGAGCUGAGGAGCAAGACAUCAGAUAGGCUGGAGACAGUGAUCCUCGAUGUCACCAAGACAGAGAGCAUUGUGGCAGCCACUCAGUGGGUGAAGGAGCGUGUUGGGAACAGAGGACUCUGGGGCCUGGUCAACAAUGCUGGCAUCAGCAUCUCCUGGGGUCCCUGUGAGUGGCUGACCAAGCAGGACUAUACAAAGGUACUGGAUGUGAACCUGUUGGGAAUGAUCGAGGUGACUCUGAGCAUGCUGCCCUUAGUGAGGAAGGCAAGAGGCCGUGUGGUCAACGUCUCCAGCGUCCUGGGCAGAGUGUCUUUCUCUGGUGGUGGUGCUUACCCCAUCUCCAAGUAUGGUGUAGAGGCCUUCUCGGACUCCCUCAGGAGGGAGCUCUCCUAUUUUGGGGUGAAGGUAUCUAUUAUAGAGCCUGGUUCCUUCAUGACUGCUGUGAGCAAUGGUGACAGGCUAUCAUCAAAUGUGAAGAUGCUGUGGGAUCAGGCCAGCCCAGAAGUCAAAGAAAUCUAUGGUGAGAAGUUCCUGGCAUCAUAUCUGUCAAAGCUAAAGUCAUUGGACCAAAAAUGUAAUGAGGACCUCUCCUUGGUGACAGACUGCAUGGAGCACGCGCUGACUUCCCGUCACCCUCAUACUCGAUACUCAGCUGGUUGGGAUGCCAAGCUCUUCUACCUCCCCAUGAGCUACCUACCUACCUUUAUUGCAGAUGCCAUUGUCUCCUGGAUAUCCCUAAGGCCUGACAAAGCUCUAUGA